CUCACCCAAACUCUGCCUCCCAGUAUGACUCCGACCAAAGAGACUUCUACUGAAGACUCUGGUACAGAGGACCUUACUCUCUCCUCUCAGAACUCUGCUGCAGCAAAUGACAAUGCUACCACCGUUAUUGGAGGGGUUGCUGUGGCAAUUGUGCUCAUCAUUGUCGUUGCUAUUGUCAUUGUCGUUGCUCUGGUCCUCAAGAAUCGUCGACUGUCUACAAAGACUGCUGAAAAGUUUGAGAUGAGUCUAGUACCAGGUUCUCCUGGAGUCGUUCCAACCUCCACCAACUCUGCCUACCACACAGUAAAGGAGGAAGGGAAGGUGACUGGGGCGUAUGAGAUCCCACUGAGAGCUGGGGACGAAGGAGAAUACGAUAUUAUCCUCUGUCCCUCACCUCCUCCUCGUCCCUCACAAGAUGUCUCUCCCCAAACUCCCUGAGUCUGAGGAGGUGUACGAGGUGAUCCCUGGAGAGGACAACUGACUGGAUAGAUAUUACGUUACUGAUAGAGAACUAGUUAGUGGACUUUUAGG